AUGAAAAAGACAUUGGUUUUACUAUUAUUAGUCACUCUUGUUCUUAGCAAACAAUUUGAUUCCUACACUCUCACCAACAAAGCUUCCACUUCAAGUUAAGGUGCUGAAUUAGAUACUUAAGAUUUAGUUGAUGUCUUAAAGCACAAUUUCGGUUCAUUGAUUUCCAAGCCUUCUGAAAAAGCUUUGAACUUUAUUAAGGAAGCUGGUAAGACUGCUGCAACUAUUUUCAACCCUGUUAGAGCUAAUUUCCUCAUCCUUAUCAAUGGAAAUAUGGAUAAGAAAUUUAAGGAAAUGAUUGUUGGCAGCUCAACCAUUAAGGCUACUUUGAACUUAGAAAAUACUGGAUCCAACCAUCUCUUUGAUCAAAUCUUCAACACAGAAAGCACUGAAUCUUUGAUUAACUCAGUUUACAGUUUCUCUGAAGAAUAAAUUAAAAAGGAAUUCUAUAUCUUCUCUCAAGAUAAGAGCUUCAGCAACUACUUUGAAAACUUCGGUGUUUCUGUCACUGUUGAUGAAAGUGGAAAUGUCCAUAUCGAAGAUAAGUAAGUUAACGAAGUACACAAAGCAGAAAGAUUCCAAAAGUGCGUCAAUAUGGCCGUUAGCGGAAAAUUCAGAUACGAUGCUACUCAAAAUGUUAUUUAGAAUUUAUCUACUUAACAAAAAAUUAACAUUGACUCUUCUAAUGCUGAAGAAAUGAAAUAUUUCCUUACUGAAUUAUGCGGUAUGACUUUAGUAUCUUCUUCAUUCAAGAAGGAUAAUGCUUCUUUCUUGGCUAUCGAAGUUACCUCUUUGCCCAAGCUUUAAAAGGUUCUUUCCCAAGAAAACUAUAUUAUUGCUUAAGAAAUCCUUACUGAAUCCUUAAAGAAAGUUAUUGGUCACUAUUAAUUAGUUCAUUAGAAUAAUUACUUCGGUCAAGUUAUCUUUGCUGAAGAAGAAUAAGAUAAAACUUUUUUAGUUUCUUAAGAAUCUAAGAAGAUGAAGGUUAGAGUCCUUAAAUAAGUAAAGCUCACUGAACAAUAACAAUAUUAAGCCAAUCUUUAUACCUUGAGAUCUUGGUUUGGAAUUUUCUUUGUUUUAUCUGUUGCUUUCAUUUUAAUUGCCAUAUUCAACGUUGAAAUUACAAAGGACUCUCUUUUGUAUGCCAAGUUUAUUGCUGAAGAACGUAGAUGA